AUGUAUGACGUAUUGUUUUAUUUCUGCAGAGAAAAAUUACCUAAUGAAGCGACUGUGAUAUUGAGCUCUACACAAGCAGGUUUAGUUAAAAUAAGACCUUCAGUUGUUUCUAGUGCGUUUGUCGUGGUAACAAUAGAAAAAUCGAUAUUUUUAUUUUACUUAAGCGAAGUUGUCGGUUGGAUCUACUUCCUAACAUGGACCAUAAGUUUUUACCCUCAAGUAUACGAAAAUAUCAAGCGAAAAAGUAUAGUAGGAUUUAGUUUCGAUUUUUUAGCGCUCAAUAUUGUCGGAUUUGUUAUGUACGCCAUAUUCAACUGCGGGCUUUAUUGGAUACCAGAAAUCGAAGUACCAAUAACAAUGCUAAUGAAAAUAUUAUUUCAGAGACAAUAUUCCGAACGAUAUCCAAGAAGUUUGAUCCCAGUACUAUUCAAUGAUGUUUUUUUUUCAAUUAAUGCUGUUGUAGCAAAUUUAAUAAUUAUGGGACAAUGUUUUAUUUAUGAGAUUGGCUCGCAAAGAGUUUCUAUAACUGCGAAAAUACUCAACGGUAUAUUUGGAAUACUCGCAGUAGUUUCAUUUGCAUUAUCUAUCGGAAAAGUAAUUCUGUGGCUUGAUUUUUUCUAUUUAUGUAGCUAUAUAAAGCUAGUUAUAACAAUAAUCAAAUAUAUACCGCAAACAUACUCUAAUUGUGUGAGAAAAUCCACAUCUGGUUGGAGUAUUGCCACUACUCUUUUGGAUAUUAUCGGUGGAAUUCUCUCUAUGCUUCAAAUGAUAUUGAACUCUUACAAUUACAAUGACUGGGAAAGUAUUUACGGCGACAUCACGAAAUUCGCGCUUGGUUUAAUUUCAACUUUGUUUGAC